AUGCCUCCGAAGGCAAAAGAGUCUCAAACAAAAAAGCCAGUUCCUCAAGUUCUCCGUCCCAGUAUUAGCGAUUCCAGUCUUAAUCAAGUACCCGAUGAUGCGAUUGAAGGCUACCAAGAACGUAUAGAAACCGGUAUAGAAUGGACUCUACUGGAAGAUGCAGUCCGUCGACAUAAACAGAAAUGCACUAGAGAUAACAUUCCCGAGAUAACGUUUUCUAUAGCUCUUAAAAAUAAAAUUAAGCACAGCAUCCUCAAUGGAUUCAUGGAACCCGACGCCAAUUUACAAGAACAAUGGGAAGUUUUUGUACCUAUGAAAAUGUGGGACAUCGAAAAGUUUGCGAACGACGAAGGAAGAAUAUGCUUUAAGAGCUCCAACAACCUUACCGAUGAUAUGUUUAAAUUAAUCAAAAAAUCAGUACUGUAUGGUGAUAAGAAAACACUUAGACGGGACCUUAGAAAGGUCAACGUAUUGAGAGUGACGGAUUCUGAGAUGACAGAAUUAGAUAAAUCAUUGAUGGAAUUUGAUAAUCUCGUCACACUCAACUUAUGUGGUAACUAUCUCACUGAAAUAGAUGCUUGUACAUUCCCUCAAGGACUACGGAUGCUUGAGUUACAGGCGAAUCAUAUAAGCAAUUUAAUACCAUUUGUUGAAAAUUUGCCUACAAAUUUGAUUUACUUAGGGCUAGCAAGGAAUUUUUUGGACAACGCUAGUGUUGAAGGAAUAAGCAAGGUGCCUCACUACCUUACUGUUUUGGAUAUCUCAGACAACGACAUCUGUGAUCUCGAGAUGGUACUAGAUGCUUUAUCGACUUUGCCAAGUCUAACCGGACUCCACCUUGCCGGGAAUCCAUGCUCUGUGUGCGCAGCGUAUGCACGAUCAACACUGACCAAGCUACCCCGUCUUCAAUGGCUAGACUAUAGAGAGGUGUUAGUGACAGAUCGUCCUUUGGAACCUGUGGAGCCUCACCCCGAUGACUUGCGAUCAGCUUACUUCACAUUCACCGUCUUCAGAAUUAUAUCAGCUCCUCAACCACCGAAGCCUGACAAGGGUGCUGUCACAGCUUUCCACGUAGAACUGGAACUGCCGUUACUGGAUUCUUCUAGAAGACAGUUCUUGAUGUUCAGAAAUAAUGAGUCCUUAAUAGAAAUGUUGCCACCUCCCGAGGACGAAGAAUGGCCGUCGACUAAGUUUUCUAGAUCAUUGAUUAAAUUGAUUGAGAGUAAAUCGGCAGUAGAACAUGAAACGUCAUCCCACGAAUCAGAUAUUUAUAACAAAUUGACGACAAAGAACUCCCGUGAAAUCAUCCAUUACACGAUAUUUGAGAGCAACAAGGUACAAUGGAACAAACUCAUGAAUUUCCAAGAACCAACCAUAAGAAUCUUCUGUCCGAACCUCAGAGCUUUGAGAGAUACGUUUCGCACUACCAUCACCUUGAGAGUCAUUUAUUCUGUGACAACCACUGGCAAACAAAGCAAGCCAGACAAAAAGAGCGCUCAAAGUCUGAAGCCGCCGGGCGAGCAGCGUGUGACCCUCGCUACGGUGAGGUGCUCUUUGAAGAGAGUGGACUGGAGCCAGCCCAGCCAACACUUCCACUGGGACGACUCACUGGGGACCGACGAGGCUAUACACUGGGGAGAUGGGGACCUCUCUGUCCUACAAUAUACUUUGGCGGCUGUGAAAACUACAAAAGGGAAACCUGAUUCGGACCCCGGUUCUACCAAACAGUACCCACCAGAUAAUUUCACAUGUCACUUUGGAUUCGGUAUAGACACUUUGAAAGCGUAG